AAUUGGACCAGACCAGAUAAUGUAUUCUGUAUCUCGCACACCCUCCACUCAUUUAUGCUAUGUGAUACAGCUCCAAGAUGCCACCCACCAUGUACUGACCAUGUCCCAAUAUAUAGCACCCUCAAUCUCAACAUUCUAUGUGCAACGACCUUGAUCAACCUCAACUACUAG